CUAUGUUUAAAGAAAAGUGUUACACGUGUAACUUGAUUUGUGAUUUCCAUCAUUUCUACAGUGAUUUUUAAAAUUGUAUACUAAAAUAUAUUAUUUUUCGAUCAUUAAACAAUAUCCUAACUUGCCUACAAAAAUACGAUAUAUAAUAGCAUAAAUAAGUGGUGCAUACAAUUAUUUUUAAGAAAAUGAAAUUUAAAAAAAUAAUUUCACUAUCGAUUCAGGUGCGAAUAUCAUUGUAUAUAUUUAUAGUUUCAAUCGAACGUGGAUUUACAAUAUCUAGUAGUACAGAAUUUCCUCCAUUAUUUGAAUCGACACUCAAGUAUUUAGCUGAAACUUUAGAAUGGGAGUCACAGGAGCCCAUCAAUCAGGCAAGAGUUCUUCCGGAAUACGAUUUCAUCGUCGUCGGCGCCGGAAGUGCGGGAGCGGUAGUGGCGAGUCGAUUGUCCGAAAUCAAAAAAUGGCAGGUGCUGUUGAUCGAAGCUGGACAACACGCCACUCAUCUCAUGGACAUACCAUUGGCUGCUCCACUUUGGCAAUUUUCCACAAUCAAUUGGAAUUAUAAGACGGUACCGAUGAAUAAUUCGUGCCUAGGUUUCGAAGGUAGACGGUGUAAAUUUCCAAGGGGCAAAGUCAUGGGUGGCAGUAGCAUACUAAAUUACAUGAUAUAUACACGUGGUAACAGAAAGGAUUAUGACGAUUGGGCUAAAAUGGGUAACACAGGUUGGGACUACGACAGUGUUCUGAAGUAUUUUAUUAAGUCGGAAAACGCUAACUUGUCACAGGCCGAUUCGGGUUAUCACGGAAAAAAUGGAUUGUUGUCCGUGACCGACGUCCCUUAUAGGACGCCAAUAGCGAAGGCUUUUGUUGAUGCCGGAUCGCAAAUCGGACUUCCCGUUGUCGACGUCAACGGAGAAAAACAAAUCGGAAUCAAUUAUUUACAGACCAACAUGAAAAACGGUCGCCGUUGGAGCACAAACACUGCGUUUCUGUUUCCUGCGAAAAGAAGACCAAACCUGCACGUGAAAAAGCUUAGCACAGUAACCCGGAUAUUGAUAGAUAGAGAAACGAAAAACACGGUUGGUGUAGAGUUUGUCACAAAAGGCAAGAAAUAUAAAGUGUUUGUGAGGAAGGAAGUGAUCGUUUCCGGAGGUUCCAUAAACUCGCCACAGCUGCUCAUGCUGUCCGGAAUCGGUCCAAAACAACAUCUGACGGACCAUCGCAUCCCGUUGGUGAAAGACUUGCCGGUCGGCGAGAACCUGAUGGACCAUGUAGCGCUCGGGAGUUUGAUCAUGUCGAUAAAUGAAUCCAUCUCGAUCCGACAGGAUAACUCUUUAGAAGAUCCGAACGCAAUCAACGACUACCUCGUGCGCGGUGUCGGAAUUAACACUGUGCCCGGGGGCACCGAGGCUCUUGCGUUGGUGGACACGGAUAGGCCCGGGUCGACGGACGGACAAGCCAAUCUCGAGCUGUUGAUGGGGUCGGGAACGUAUUCGUCUCACGAGAUGAUGCCUGGCCUUUGUGGCAUGAGGGACGAUCUGUACAACGCCGUGUACCGGGCCACCGAGGGCGCGAGCGGGUUCACGGUGUUCCCGAUGUUGAUGCGUCCCAAGAGCCGCGGUCGGGUGUGGCUCAAGAACGCCGACCCGUUCCGCCACCCGCUAAUCGAUCCCAAUUAUUUCGCCGACGAGACCGACCUGGACGUUAUGGUAGCCGGAGUCCGACUGUUCCAGCGAAUGUUGCGCACGGGCCCGAUGAAGUCACUCGACGCCAAGAUCCUGGACACUCCGCUGCCCGGGUGCCGGCAACACGUGUUCGACACGGACGCCUACUGGAAGUGUUCCGCUCGACAGAUAUCGUUCACGAUCUAUCACCUGUCCGGCACGUGCAAGAUGGGACCGUCUUCGGAUCCGUCGGCCGUCGUUGACCCGAGACUGCGCGUGCACGGCGUCCGCGGUCUGAGAGUGGUGGACGCAUCGAUUAUGCCGGAAGUACCGUCGGCCCACACCAACGCGCCGACGAUUAUGAUCGCGGAAAAAGCGUCCGACAUGAUCAAAGAGGACUGGGACGUAUAGACGUAUUGCAGUUAAUGGCGGGACAAUACGCAUAUGUUUACUUGUGGUUAUGGUUAUAGAUUUUUUUUUUUUUCAUUAUUUUUGUAUAGAGACGAUUGAUUAUUAUGUACAAAUAAUUUAGAUAAUUCAGUCCAGCCUAAGAUUUCGUGUGUAUCUGCCUACCAAUAUAACUAUUAUAUAAUAAUGACCACCAAUUUUAUUGCUAAUUAACGAUUUUUUUAAUAUACAUAACAUUUGUAACAUCACCGACGGUAUUGUGUUAUAUUUGAACUCGUACAUAAUCUACCUAUGUAAUAUUAUUAUGGCCUAUCCAGCGUGUUAAGAAUAUUUCACACGAUGCACAUCUACAUGUGUCACAUUAUUAUUAUGCAUGUGUAAUUUGUGUUGAGCUAAUUUAAUUACUUUACUGACCAUGUUAGGGUUAUCAUAAUAUCAUCUCUAUCCACUGUACAGUUAAUACAUACUUCUAUCGAUAUAUAUAUAUAUAAUGUUUUGUAUACAUAUGUCAUUU